GGCCCCGCGCGGCCGCCGUGCGGGGCGGAGCGGGGCGGGGCGGGCGGCGCAGUUUGAACGCGAACGGGCGGCGGGAGCGACCCCCCUGAGAGCGCCAUGGCGGGCACGGCCCCCGGCAGCGCCCGGCCCCUCCGCGGACAGUCCUUCUACCUCGACCUGCCCGCCGGCACCAGCGCCCGGCACCUGGCGGAGGCCAUCGAGCGGCUCGGCGGGGUGACCGAGAGCUUCCUCAGCAAGGAGGUGACGUGCGUGGUGUCCAGCAACAAGGAGGCCAAACGGGGCAGAGCCGGGACUGGGGACGGGAAGCAGAGCCACCCAACCUCAGGAGACACCAACCCCACGAGCUCAGGGCCUGCUGCCUCCAGAGGGAACCCACCCAGGCCUCACCAGAAGCCACCAGACACUGCCCUGCUGAGCCGGGGGAAGGAGCUGCUGCAGAAGGCCAUGAAGAAGCAGGACACCUGCAGUGGCAGCAGCAUCCUCGCCAACGCUCGCCUGUGGGGAGUCCAGAUCCUGCACGUGGAUGACAUGGUGUCCUACGCCCAGCAGCUGCUGAGAGCCAUCUCUGGAGCCAGGAAACGCUGCCAGAAGACAGAGGGGAGAUGCCUUGCCUCUGGAUCCAAAAUUCACAAAGCAGGAAAACUGAAGCCCCCUUUUCUGAAGGUUGAGGACCAGAGCAGGCAAUUCCGGCCCUUCCAUCACCAGUUCCAAAGCUUUCCCCACCUGAACUUCCUGGCUCCCAAAAGCUGCAGCCCCUUUGAGCCUCUGAAAAGCCUCUCGAAUCCCUGCCAGGCCAGGGCUGAGGGCAGCGAUGGAGGGAAGAGCCCCCGCUCCAGUGCAGCUCCCAGGAAACGGAGGGGCUUCUGUGAGUGCUGCCAGGAGACCUUUGAAGAGCUGCAGAAGCACCUCCAGAGCCCCCGGCACCAGCGCUUUGCCCAGGAUGACUCCCAGUACCUCCCCGUGGAUCGUGUCAUCUCACAGCUCACCCACAGCUCCCUGCAGUGCUCACACAGGGUGCCACAGUCCUACCUGGCAGAUGAACAUUUAGUGCCUCAAGCACAUGGUACUGGAGAACUGGAGAUGCUGACAGAGCUGGGAAAGGAAAGGGAGCAGCCUGAGCAGGGUACUGUGGAACUGGUGAUGGAUACGGAGCAGGAUCACGACCUGGAGAUCAAGGGAUGUUCCCCCUGCCUGCCUGGGGACAGGGUCAGAGAUCCCAGAGAAGGAGGGGGGCUGUCAGAGCAGGGCUCUGUGGGGCUGCCCAGGGGAGCAGAGCUCAGUGGAGGAGUCUGUGCUGCCCAUGGCACCACCGAGGGGGCCGGGCUGGGGCCUGCAGGGCUGGGCUCGGCCCCUGCCCUGGGCUGGGAAUCCUGUGCAGCAGCUGCUCCUCCAUCUGAACCUCGUGGACAGCAAGUGCCUGGGUCUGUGAGCCACCCCCCAGCGGCACUGCCUGUCCCCAGGAAGCGCCAGCUGUCCCCCAGCCAGAGCUCCCAGGUGGGGAAGAGGCCCAGGCUGGAGCAGGGGCAGCAGAUGGGCCCGGUGCGUGGUGGGCUGGGGGCACAGGGUGCAGGGCAGAUGCCUGGGCCAGGCCUGCCCGGUGUGCCAGGGGCUGGCAGGCUGGCCCUGCACACACAGCUCUGCAGCAGACCUCGUGGCUCCCUGGCUUUGGAUCCGUGCCCGGGCGGGAGCCCUGGGGACCCGGGAUCCCCGGGAGCUGUGGAUGCUGCGGGAGCCGCUCCAGCCAGCGCCGCCGGCGAGCGUGGCUGGAGCGGGGCGGGUGCGAGACCCGCAGGGCAGCAGCUCCGAUGGGAGGACGGUGCCACCCCCGGCAGGGCGAGCAACCCGGGCCUGGAGAGCACAGCGAGCGGCAGGAGCAGCUGCCCCACUGGCCGCCCGCCCGCGGCUGGGGCCAGAUGUUGCUGCUCAGUCUGUGUCGGGGCGGCAGAAAAAGCAUCCCCCGAGGCUGCCGAGCUCCCCGGGCACAGCGCAGAGCGGGCACCGUGCCCUGGGCUGCUUCCCCCUCCCGCUCGGAGCACACGGAGCUUCGGCGAGAGCUCCUCCGAGUCCGACUGGGAUGUGCAGCUGCUGCCGGGUGUGCAGGGCAGCGGGAUGGCGGCUGGGGACAAGGACGUGGGACACAGGACACAGGGCAGCGGGAUGGCGGCUGGGGACAGGGCCGUGGGACACAGGACACAGGGCAGCGGGAUGGCGGCUGGGGACAGGGACGUGCUGCACAGGACACAGGGCAGCGUGGGGGACAGCGGGUACGAGUGCCGGCUGCGCUCGGUGCUCCGGCGGGACCCGCAGCCGGGCUGGGCGGCUCAGGACAGCGGGAGCUGCCGGACCUGCUGCACGGGCACCACGGCAGCCCCUUUCCCUGUGCUUGAGACGUUUUGUGGCAGCUGGACGAGCUGAAAACGCCUCCUGGACCAAAGUGUGGGAGAUGGCAAGGGGCUGGGAAGGGAUUUGGCCAAGCCACUCUCCAUGUCAGGAGCAGGAAGCACAUCCAAGAGUGAGGACCACCAGCAGUCUGGACACUUCCUUCUCCUGUUGGGAACUGAUGGGGAUGCAGUCUCUUCACUGCCCUUGGCUGUGUUCUAGGCUGGCAUCUCCCCUCCUCUCUGCUAGCCACGUUGAGAGCCAGCAGCUUCCUCCAGCUCCUCGUGGAGCUGCUGACACAGUGGUCCCUCUGGAAGUCUCUCUUCAGCAGGAAUGUGUUCUUGGCCCUUCCAGAGUGUGACAGCAGGUGCCAAGACGUGGGAGGGAAGGGUCGAGGGGGUGAGAUUUUUUCUGCUCCUCACAUGGUUUGGGAGGGGUUGUUUUUUAGUAUUUACAGAUGUUUUUCACAUGUUUUUAACAUGGUUUGUUGGGGGGGGGGGUUAGCAAACUUUUAAACUUUGUAAUAAAAUGGAAGGUGAGAUCCUG